AAAAAAAAAAAAAGGAUAAUUGUGUCGUUUACGUUGUAUUAGUGAAGCUGUAUUAUAAACAUAUAUAAGCAUAUUCCAGCAUGCUAUAUUCUGUAGUAGUAGUGUGACCAAUCCAAGAAUAGAAACUAAAAAAAAAAAAAAAAAAAAAAAAAAAGGGUAUCAUGGCGGCCAAUAACAAAACCUUUUCACUCUCUCUUUCCUUGAUGAUCACUACUCUCUAUGUAGCCACGUGUCUUGCUAGAGAUCUUCCUUAUAAUAACGUUGCAGUUCUGAUUCCGAUUCCGCCUCCGCCUUACCACGGCGUAAAAGCCGCGUACUGGCGGUCAUGGGAGGCGCAAUCCCUGCCGCCCUCCGCCAUCCCGACGCCGUACUUCACCCACGUCUUCUACGCUUUCCUUCUAGUGGACCCCACCAGCUUCCAGCUCCUCAUCACGCCGAACGACGAGCAGUGGAUGGCGGCGUUCACCGCCGCCCUCCACGGCUCCGCCCCGCCGGCCAACGCCAUCCUCUCCAUCGGUGGGGCGGGGGCGGACCCUGUCGUUUUCUCCAACAUGGCCGCCAGCCCGGACAACCGGGCCGCCUUCAUCCGGUCGUCGAUCGACACGGCCCGAAAGUACGGGUUCGACGGCCUAGAUCUCGACUGGGAGUUCCCCCGGGACCCGCAGGAUAUGUCGAACCUCGGCUCCCUAUUUAGAGAGUGGCGGUUAGAAGUCAACCGGGAGUCGUUGACUUUCUCGGGCCGUAGGCCCACGCUACUUUUGUCGGCCGCAGUGUACUUCUCCCCCCACGUGUUGUACCCGGGGAAUAUUCCCCGGACUUAUCCGGGGGAAGAUAUUAGGAGCUCCCUCGAUUUCGUGGGGCCCAUGUGCUUUGACUAUCACGGUGGGUGGGACCCGCACCAGACGGCGGCCCACGCACUAUUGUACGACAAGACUAGCAACUUGAGCACUAGCUACGGGGUUUCAGAGUGGAAGGGGGUGGGUGCCCCCUCGGGGAAGAUAGUUAUGGGGAUGCCGGCUUACGGGCGGACAUGGCAGUUGGAGGAUCCAAAUCAGCACGGGAUUGGGGCCCCGGCUGUGGGGGUGGGCCCCGGUGGAGGAGUGAUGGUGUACUCGGAUAUUGUGGGGUUCAAUGCGGAGAAUAAUGCCACCGUGGUUUUCGAUAAUGCGACGGUGUCGACGUACUCGUACGCCGGGACUAAUUGGAUCGGAUACGAUGACGCUACUUCGAUCGAGUAUAAAGUGAAGUUUGCUAAGGCUCAGGGGCUUGGUGGGUAUUUUUUUUGGGUACUUGGUGAUGACAGCAAUUGGGCUCUUGCUAAAGCAGGUAUAGUAGUAGUAAUAAACCUAUCCCAUAAUCUCACAUUUAGACAACUAAUUGUACUUCAUUAAUUUAAUUUUAUCCAUUUU